CACAGAAUCAUAAUUUAGCAUUACUGUUAGCUUGUUAGCUUCGAUAUCAUGGUUGAAAUAUGGUUAGUAUUACUUUGUAUUAUGGUCUACACUUCAUUUUGUGUAAUAUUGAACGCGUUUCUAAGUGUUUCUGCGUAUAUGAUAGAAAGAGAGAGAAUAGAAUUGAAUUGAAAAUUGAAAUUGAAAUUGAAAUUGAAAUUUAGAGAGAGAGAGCGCUAAUGUUGUAAAUUUCAGCACCACAUUUUGGACAGCGGGUACUAGUUGUCUAUUUUUGUAUUUGAAAAACCUUUUAGCAUGUAAAAAUAAAUAAAAUAAAUACAGGACUAAAUGGCUAAUAACGCAUCGUAAAUGUAGUUUUUAAAUAUGCAUUUUUAUUAUUAAAAAUAAUUUUAUUAUAUUAACCGUGAAGUAAUUUAACCCUUGUAUGGUGCUCGGGUCUGUGGGACCCGUUUUCAUUUUUUUAUCAAAAGAAAAAUGAUAUGAUUCAUUAUUUUUUUUUCAAACUCAGACUCAGUGGCCUUGGCUCAUUUCUUUCUGUAAAGAACAUAUAUCAGAAGAAAAUUUCAAUGACCACAACCUAAAAAUGCAGCAGGUCCACCAGACCCACGAACACUGGCUGAAUAACAAAAAUAUGAACACCACACAAGGGUUAAAUAAAAAUAAUUAAAUUAUUAAAUAAAAAUAUGAUGAUGAUGAUGAUGAUGAUGAUGAUGAUGAAAGAUCACUACAAGGGAUUUUCCAAUAGGCAGCCGCAAUGUGACUGACAGUAAAUUUGACAUAUUUGGCUCCUCUGAAAAUCGUGGAAAUGUAAUUUCUAUUUUGCGGUUGGAGAAAAUGAGAACAGAAAAAUAAUAUUUGUGUUGGUCUUCUAUGUACCGGUGAUAGAGGUUUACCCUGCUAUUUAAUUUCCGCGUUACAAAUACGAAAAUGUAACAACGGUCCAUUAGUUAGAACAUAUUUUUCCAUUGGGUUAUGAGAACAACCAAAUAAAUUAUACUUGCACGUUCUUCUUUCUUUCUUUUUCUUUCUUUCUUUCUUUCUUUCUUUCUUUCUUUCUUUCUUUCUUUCUUUCUUUCUUUCCUUUUCCACAACAAAUGCUCACCUUGGUACUUUAAACUAUUUUUGCUUAGAAAAAUAUUUGCCCGUAUAAUAAUAUAUAAGCAUGUGUCUGAAAUAUUUUACAACACAAUUCUCCACUAGAUGACGUAACACAAACUACAGAGGGCUGGUUAUGCCUUUAACCAACAGCAAAGCAAAUAUUGUAUGAGAGAGCAUUGGGCUCUGUACCAAUCCUGCUUCAGACCGUACAAAGGGAUCUACUCCCUCCCUCAGCCAGAGGAGGAGCACAAUGAUGAGAGCUGUAGAGCGAGAGGAAUCAUGAACGCUUUAUGAGCCAGAUCACCACAAAUAGGAUGGGCUGAGAUACAUUUUAAAAUGAAGAUUAUCAUUCUGUUUUUUCUGUGGAUAUAAAUUAUAUAAAUUGACGAUUUGUUGAUGGGAUUAUCAAAUGCUACAGAGAAAUGAGGCAGAGGAUUGGAGGGUGGAAAUGGGCAGCCCGUUGGCUGAUAGCUUUCUCUCUAUUGUGGAAUACAACUGAAGCUCAGAUUCGCUACACAAUACCCGAAGAGUUAAAGCAAGGAUCUAUCGUUGGAAAUAUCGCGAAGGAUCUUGGUUUUGAUAUCUCAGAUAUCGCCGAGCGUAAGUUACGAAUAGCAUCUGAGACGAAUAGGCAGUAUUUUAGUGUGGAUUCAGGAAAGGGUGAUCUGGUAGUUAAUAGCAGAAUAGACAGAGAGACGCUCUGUGGACAAAGCGCCAGUUGUCUAAUGCCACUGCAGAUCGUUAUUGAGAAUCCAUUACAGCUACACAGCAUAGAGAUAGAUCUACAAGACAUUAAUGAUAAUGCACCUAACUUCCAUAAUAAAGAUGCCACAUUAAAAAUACCUGAAGUCAUUGCUCCUGGCGCACGAUUUACCCUUGAAAGUGCUGAAGAUCUCGAUGUUGGCAGCAAUAGUUUAACGACUUACUCACUAAGCAAUAACAAUAAUUUCCGCCUUAAUGUAAAAACUUUAAAAGAUGGAAGGAUAAUACCAGAACUGGUGGUUAAAAAAACUUUAGACAGAGAGAAAGAGUCUAUACACAAACUCAUAUUAACAGCCCUGGAUGGUGGUAAUCCAGUCAAAUCUGGCACGUCUGUGUUGCAAAUAAUUGUUCAAGACAUCAACGACAACGAACCAAAAUUUGAAGUUGCUGCAUACAAAGCAUCGGUUUUAGAAAGAGCCAUUGCUGGUUCAAGUGUGCUCAAAAUAAAAGCAAACGAUUUGGAUGAAGGUCUAAAUGGUGAAAUACAGUAUUUGUUCGCGGCGCAUACUCCCGAACAUGUAAGAAAUGUUUUUAGUGUGAACGCCGAAACCGGCGAAAUCACACUUAUUGGAAAAUUAGAUUACGAGAGUAAAAAGUCAUAUACGUUUGAUGUUUGUGCCAAAGACAAAGGGAAUCCUGAGCUCGAAGGACAGUCAUCGGUUCAGAUAGAUAUCAUAGAUGAGAAUGACAAUCCUCCAGAGAUUAUCCUGACAUCUUUAUCGAGUCAUGUGCCUGAAAAUGCAACUGUGGGAACUGUGGUGGCUUUGAUUACCGUCAAAGAUUUGGACUCCGGUAAUAAUGGCAAAGUUGAGCUAAUUGUUCUUCCUCAUGUUCCGUUUAAAUUGAAACCUUUUCAUAAUCAUUAUUCACUGAUAACUGAUUCAUUAUUAGACCGUGAGGUUCAUUCUGAAUAUAAUGUAGAAAUACUGGCCAUAGACUCCGGUAUUCCGCCCUUAAAAACUUCGAAAACGGCAACUGUGAAAAUACUUGACGUGAAUGACAACCCUCCACUGUUCUCACAGUCCUCAUAUAAUGUUUACGUAAACGAAAAUAAUCUGGCAGGCGCGUCACUGUUUUCUAUUAAAGCUUCUGAUAUUGACCAGGAUAAAAACGCUCUACUUACUUAUUUAAUUCUGGAUUCAAGUUCUAAUCAAGUUCCAGCAUCAUCUUUGUAUAUUAAUUCUGAAAAUGGAACUAUUUAUUGCAUGAACUCAUUUGAUUAUGAAAAGGUAAAAUGGUUUAGUGUUAUAGUGCAGGCUAAAGAUCAUGGCUCUCCAUCUCUGAGCAGCAAUGCCUCAGUUCAUGUGUUU